AUCAUUCGAAAUGAUCUGAAACUCUAGGAGAGUGAAAAGAAUCAAGUGUGAGGUUAGGUAUUCUGUAAUUCAUCGCAACAAAAAAAUCAGAAAUUCUGUUAUAGAUUAAAUAAACAAUAGAACAUUCCUUGCGAAAAAUUGAACAUCAGAAUCGUUGAAUUAUCAACAAUACUAUUAUAAUUAUUCAUUUAUAAUCUACAAUUGUCUUCGCACGUUCUCCGAAAAGAGAAAUGGCGGGAAAUGCUAGCCUGAAGGAAAAUCUCCACGAAUAAUUAUUCCCAGAAAAGAAAAAUUAAUUAGACACCCGUUAUUAUUCUAACAACAAAUCUCCAAUUACUGAAUAAUUAAUAAUAAUACUACAAAAAUCAGAGGACGCAAACGACAGACGAUCAAAAACGGUGGAAAAAUCGAAAUCGGAUAAAUUUUUUUGAAGAAAAACUCACGAAGAUUCUCUCCUACAUAUAAAAAAUAAAUCUACGAAUAAAAUAAUAUAACAAAUAAAAAAAUCCUACUUAAAAUUAGAAAAACGAUUUCAAUCCAUAAAGAUUUUUUUAAUCCUGUAAAUAAAUUCUCUAAAUCAUAAAAAUCGGACUAAAAACCCCCCAAAUCAUCGAAAUCCUCCAGAAUGUCUGACCUAUCCGACGGAGAGACUUCCAGGAUGUCUCUUUCGGAUCCAGACGUCCCAGGAAAUCCUGAGGAAGCUGUCGGAGAAGCCCCAGAUGAGGCGAGAGAAAACUCAGGCGAGGAUGAAGAAAAGCGCAGAAUUGACCCCUCGGCCUCGAAGAAGAAGAUAAUCCGUCGAGAGAUUCCAAAGUUGAAUCCAGCCCGGCUGACGGGCCCCAAAGGUGUGGCAACGAUCGAAAAGUACUUCGAGGGUUUUAAAUUCAAGGGAAAGGGCCACGAGAAGAUCGACCUGGACCGAGUGAUGAAACGACUGGAGCACUGGGCGCACCGUCUCUUCCCAAAAUAUCAAUUCGAUGAUUUUCUGGAGAGGGUAGAGGCCUUAGGGCCCAAGAGGGAGAUCCAGACGCACUUGAAAAAGUACCGGAUGGAUAUGCUGAUAGGUGAGGAUCACGUGACGGUGGAUCACGAGGAGGAGGAAGGGGAGAGAGAGAAGUCUCCGGAGCCUGAGGAUGAGUUUGAUAAAUUAAUUGCUGAACAAAUUGAGAAGACGAGGCAAAGCAGUCAGGGGAUGACUCCUGGGGGGAUUAGAGUUCCUCAGGCCCCUCGGCAACAGGAUGACGAGGUCAAAAGGAGGAUGGAGGAGAACAGGAAGAUUGCUCUGGAGAGACGACAGGCUAGGAUGAGGGAGAGGGAGGGGAAUUCUUUGGGAACUGGAGAGAAUGCAGUGCAUGGAGAUCUUGGAGGGUCUCAGAAGACUGGGGAAGAAGGAGAGGUUCAGGGGAGACAGGAGGUUCUGGAGGAUCCUGGAGCUCAGGUGGUGAUGGAAACCCAUGGAGAGAUCGAUGAGGAGGAGGAGAUAAAGAAGAGGAUUGAGAGAAACAGGCAGGCGGCUUUAGAGAGGAGACAGGCAAGGAUGAAAGAGACCUCAUCCUCAUCCUCCCAGAGACAGGAGGUAUUCAAGGACUACGGGGGAAACCGAUCCUCCGGGGUCUCUGGAGGUUCAGGGGAUUCAGGGCCUCUUCCAGGAGAAGAUAAGGCAGGGGACUGGCAACAGAUUAAUGUUCUGAGUGGAGAGCACGUCGAAAAUGAUAAUCAUGGGACUGGGGUGGAGGUUGAGGGCGAUGUCGAUGGAAUGGACAUAGGGGAGGAGCUUGACACCUUCAGGGGAGAAAAAUUGGAUAUCGAGGAGAGCAAUGAGAGUAAAAUGGACGUAGAGGAGAAGCCUGAGCCCUCCACAGAGGAGAGGAACCUCGAGUUCUCUGGUGUGUCCAACGUUUCACAUUCUGGAGUCAAGACGAAUGCCUCGCGGAAGCUUUUAACCGAUGAGGAGCUCGACCAGGAAAUCGGAGCUGCUGUCGACAAGUUCAUCAAGGGGAAUCGUACCUCCCUUCAAUAAUUUCUAUUAAUUCAAUUCUUUGUGAUUAAUUCUUCUCGAAGAAACUUUUUAUAAAUAAACAUUUUUACGACAGGAAA